UCAUUGGUGUCAGUCCUCCUUCUGCUGCUGUGGCCAUAUUUGUUGAUGUGUCACAGCAGCGAGUAGUUGGCCGAUCAGCUGGUUAAAUAGGGAGCUCCGACCGCAAUCGUGCGGACAUACGCGAUGACUUGUUGCCGUUUGAUUUAAACCAUAAGCGGACCAUGAAGCAGCCCGCUCCGACGACGGAUGCACAGAAAAUGGAAGGAUCAGAUGAUAAAUCGGCAACAGAGGAGUCGCGCCCGGAAGACGAGUUUCACAGCGGCACGUCAAACGUCGAAGAAGAGCAACUAAUCUUUCAGAACAGCGGUCGCGCGGUGAAGACGUGCGAUCGGGAAAAAGACGAAAGCGGAUUAAUCGGGACCGAAGAAGGAGCUGAGGUAUGCGGUCCGGACCAUCGUGACGCAAGCGAGACGGCCGCUGAUGUGGAGAGUGAUGCUGGCGGGGGUUCCAGCGAAACUCACACACUCCCACUUAGCCUUUUGAACGAGGCUGUUCCUUCUGGGCGUGGUCUCACAGGAACCUCUCCCCUGGUAUCUGAAGGGACAACGGAGACCUUUUUGACCUGUGAUGCAACGGCUCAACGUGACGACGAGCAGCCGUCACCGUCUCCCGCCGUUGACAACAGCAACUCGGCCGACAGCCCUUCGCCCUCCUCUGUCCAAAGUACUUCCAAAAACUCCCCCACAGACUCUUCCACCUCCGGGAUCUCUAACGGACCGUCCACGCCGAGCUCCGACACGCUCAGCUGCUCGCCGGCUUCAAGCCCGCAGGCCAGCGCCGACGCCGCCCUCCCCGCGCAGUCCUCGUCGAGCCCUUACGACACCGACUGCAGCCGGAAGCUCAUUUCCCAGAUCCAGCGCUCGUUGUCGCAGGAGUCGCUGCUGGACGAGCUGGAGUCGGAGCUUUUAGCGUGCGGGCUGUCCGAGCGAGAAGGCCGAGGGAAGGGGAAAGGGAGCUCGCCCGUCAAUGGGCUCGCCGCGGACCAGGACGGCUGCAUGUUAGUCUUUGACAAGUGUGUGCAGUACAAGUACACUCAGCAGGAGAAAGCUAUUCAGAGGUUGCUUGAGGAGAACAAGAGACACCAGGAAUUGAUCCUGGGUAUCUGCUCAGAAAAGGACAACAUGAAGGAAGAGUUGAAGAAGAGAGCAGAGACAGAGAAGCAACACAUGGGCUCCAUUAAAAAGCUGGAGGGGAGGGUGGAGGAGCUCCUGAAAGAACUGAAGGAGUCGCGCGAUAGAUUGAUCCACCAGGAUCAAAUGGCCAAGGCGGCUCUGCAGCAGAUGCAGAGGGAGACUUCGUACAGGAUAGAACAGGUGAACAAGAAGUGUGAGGAGGCGCGGCAGGAGAAGGAGGCCAUGGUGAUGAAAUACGUGCGGGGAGAGAAGGAGGCCCUGGACCUGAGGCGGGACAAGGAGAGUCUGGAGAAGAGGCUGAGGGAAGCCCUGAAGGAGGUGGACCGCCAAGCCCUGAGGGGAAAUCAGCUGGCCCAGGAGAAGGGACGGCUGCAACAGCUGUAUGAUGCUAAGGAAGGUGAGGUUGGCAGACUGACGCGAGAGGUGGAAAAGUUGAAAGAGGAGAUCAACUCUCAUCUAAUCAAAGUCAAAUGGGCCCAGAACAAACUGAAGAGUGAAGCAGAUGCUCAUAAGGAAACAAAAGACAAACUGAGGGAGACGACUUCCAAGUUGGCUCAGGCCAGAGAGGAGACGGAACAGAUCCGAAAGAAUUGCCAGGACAUGAUCCGAACGUACCAGGAAUCGGAGGAGCUCAGAUCCAACGAGUUGGACGCUAAACUGCGAGAGACCAAAGGAGAGCUGGAGAAACACAAGCAGGAGCAAACAGACCAAAUCGAGAUGCAUCGAGCGAAGGCCAAAGAGCUGGAUGACCUGAAGAAGAGCUACAAAGAAAGCAUAGAUGAGCUUGAAACACUCCGCACGAAGUUAAAGUGUCUGGAGGACGAGCGGCCGCGGUGGGAGGACGAAUUGACCAAAUACAGGGAGAUCAUAAACCGGCAGAAGGCUGAGAUCGGCCGCCAGAGAGAGAAACUCGAAGAGGUCACCGCGCUUCAGGAGCAGCAUGAACGGGACAAACAGGAGAUCACCUCUCUCCAGGGGGAAGUGGAGGGCCUGACCAAUCAGAUGGCCGACCUCCAGCGCGACGUCCAAGGCAGCAGGGAACGGGAAGCCGAGCUGCUGGGGUUCACCGAGAAGCUGAGCAGCAAGAACGCCCAGCUGCAGUCGGAGAGUAACUCGCUGCAGUCUCAGCUGGACCAGGUCAGCGGCAGCUUCACAGAGCUCCAAGCGAAGCUGGAGGAGACCAGCAGGCUCCUGGACGACAAGUCACGGCAGCUGAAGCAGGAAGAAACGCUGAGGCACCAGGAGGUGCAGGCUCUGCAGGAGGAGCGGGCUGCUCUGCAGACGGAGGUGGCCCAGCUGAAGACCAGAGUGGAGGAGCUGAGGGACGAGCUGGUGACGCAGAAACGGAAACAAGCGGCCAACAUCAAGGACCUGACAAAACAACUAGUGCAAGCUCGUAAGAGGCUGGAGCAGGUUGAGAAUGGAGGAUGUGACCGGGAUGCCAGCAGUAUGGGCAGUCGCUCCAGUUCCUCAGGUACUGCUCUGAGACUUGGUUCCUUGAACGCGCGCCCCGGUGGAAGCAGCAGCGUUGAGGAGCGGUCACCAGAGAGCCAGUCCGGUCCUUCGGUGACGGUCGUGGACAGCUUCCCGGAGGUCGACAAAACGGUCCUCGUAGAUCGUAUCGUCCGUCUGCAAAAGGCUUUGGCAAGAAAGCAGGAAAAAAUCGAGUUCAUGGAGGAUCACAUUAAGCAGCUGGUGGAAGAGAUCCGGAAAAAGACUAAAAUUAUCCAGAGCUACGUGCUAAGAGAGGAGACGGGGGCGCUCUCGUCGGAGGCAUCGGAUAUUAACAAGGCCCACCUCAGCCGGCGGGGGGGCAUCAUGGCUUCGCUCUACACCUCCCACCCGGCGGACAGCGGCCUGACCCUGGACCUGUCUCUGGAGAUUAACAGGAAGCUGCAGGCAGUGCUGGAGGACACGCUGCUGAAGAACAUUACUCUGAAGGAGAAUCUACAGACUUUAGGGUCUGAGAUUGAAAAACUCAUAAAGCAACAGAAGAAUGUGGAAGAUGGAGCCAGGAAGAAGUGAAAAAAAACGAACAAUUUUAGCAACUUCUACUUCUCUUAGAGACAAAUGAAGGAGCAGAACGUACGUCUUAAGUGCCAGUGAGAUGCGGGACCUCUUGCACCGUUUCUGUCCACUUGGAGGAAACGUGUGAGCUUACUUGAACAGUUACUACUCCAUCCACAUCGUGCCACCUCUAUUUAUAGAACCUGACACAAGAACUUUCCUUCUGGCCCACAUUUUUCUCCCCAAAGCCUUGCCAAGAGAACUCUUUGGGGCUCGUGGCUUCUCGUGGCAGUAUUGUGAAUGUUUUCGCUGAAUCUCCUUGGAGACUGAUUGCCGGUGAAACAAUCCAGGGUUCCUAUGCAUUUUGGAGAGGCGUGAAAUCUGAUUUAAAUAUUUUUCCAGGUGUGAAGUAGAGGGAAGAGCUUGGAAAAAUAUUUAUUUUCAGACUUUAUUCCAUGUCUUGUUUGUUAAAUGUUGUUUUUCCCCCUCUGUCCGUUGUGCUUUUGUCUUGUACUAACUUCCUUAUGUACCUCCUUUUUGUCCUUCCUGCUUUCCAUCCUUUCCUUAUUUGUGUCCUACCUUCUCUGCUACCUUCUUCCCAUCUUUUCAUCUCUGUCCUCCUUCCUCCCCUCCUUAAUUUCCUCUGUCCUACUUCACCUCUUUUCUUGUCAUUUCUUUCUUUUUUGCACCUCAUCUUUCUGUCCAUCAGCCCUUCCUGGCUUCCUUGUGUCCCGUCUUUCCUCCCUCUCCUGCUUCCUUGUGUCCUACCUCGUGUCCUUCAUCAUUCCUUUCUUUCCUUAUGUACCUCCUCUGUUUGCUUCUUUGUGGCUGUUCUUUCCUUCUAUUGUUCCUCAUUCCCUUCCUUCCUUCCUUCCUUGUGUUAUUCCUUCCUUCCCUUCAUAGUGUGAGUCCCAGCUUUCCUCCCUCCCUCCCUUGCAUCUACCUUUCUUACUUUCCUUCCUUGUGUCCUUGCUUCUGUCCUGUUUCUGUCUUUUUCUAUAUUUAAAUUCUGUUAAUUGCAGAACUGUCUACCAUGAAAAAUAAACUUUAGCAUGAAUCGAAUGCCAGAGGUCCUGAAAAAGCCCUGAAAAAUAUGGAUUUUGUUUUGUUUUGUUUUACAAUGAAGAUGGGUAGGAAUCCUGAAGGUAAACUGAAACAAUCAUUGCCAGCAUCCCAUGGAGUCUGUCUACAAAUAAGCCAAAUGUUUUUUUUUUUUUUUUUUUUUUGCUUCUUCAGCUGGACAUUUGAAGCCAAACGGCAACAAAAACAGAUCAGCCCUGACUUGAGGAGAGCCUUCGUUCCGCUGUUGCAUUUUACGUCUGUUUAUUUAUUUCAUUUUUUUUUUUUCCCUCCUCCCGCCCUGCCCAGCACUUACUGCCGAGUCGGUAGAGCAAGGUGCCUCUCAUCAGUGAGCCCGCCCAUCUGUGUGGCACAGGUGCUAGAUUUCAGGAAGCAUCUUCGUAAUGUUCCCCCUGUAGCCGGCAACAGAACGCCACCUGCUCCUCAGCUGCAUUAAGUUUGAAUCAGUCUCUGAUUAAAUGUGUAUUUCAUGUGAAAAGGUUGAAAUGUACAGCUGGUCUUAAAUUCUGCAACAUCGAAUGUAAUUUUUUUUUCUCCUUCCUUUAAAUUUAUCUAAUAUAUUUUUAUUUGAUUACAUCUGAGUUUUAGUUUUUAUUGCUAUUAUUUGAUUUUCUUUUCUUUUUUUUUUUCUUUUUAUAUUUUUUGUUCUCAAGGCAAAGUUUAGGGAUUUUUGAAGAAAGGUUCUGUUAAAGGGUUAUAAGCAGCCAUCACACAGUAAUGCUAGUUAGCAUGUCAGUGGCUUAGGAAGAGACAGCAGCGCUCCAGCCAACUCUUCCUACACUUUCAGCAGUGGAGAAAAACAACAGCAAUGAUCUGACAAUGCUGUUGUUUUGAUGUUAUGCUCUGCAGACGCUACGUCUGAGCUGAGGAGGAUGCCGAGAUUUUGAAGUGGCUCCAACCAACGGAAGCCUGACCUGCUUUCUCAUAUUUUAAUAUAAGUAAUCAUUGUUUGACCGCUUGGCAGCACUGAUUGGCAGUGGGUAAAAAAAACAAAAACGAGACUGUGAUGUCACAACAAAAGUGACGUCCCCUGUCCUGCUGCAGCUGAACACUGUGAAUAUACACCCUUCGUUUAAUUACAAACGCCAUAUGCAAAACGUGAGAACAUCGAAAGUGACGCGAAUACUUGAGAGUUUUGUUCAGACUUGAUGGUGCACCUUGUUUCCUCUGUAAACCCACCCCUAAAAUGUGCUUUUAUAUACACUAGCAUAAUGGGCAAGGUAACAGUGGGACAAUGGCUUUAACAUUAUACUUGCAGUCUCUUUCGCUGACUUUCUUUGUUCACCGUAAAUACAAAGUAACCGGUCCUGGUUAGUCUGAGAGAGGCCAAGACCAAAGCCGGCUUCUAUUGUCUUCAAACAAAUCCAGUCUCAAAGGUUUAAGAGAGGUUUAUACCUUAGGAUAAACCUCUACAGGGAAAAUGGUGGGUAGGAGAUGCUGUGAUGCAAAUUAUCUUAUUAUAGCUAAUGGCACCACCGUAAAUACCGUUUUUCCCAAUUACCACUAUCUUUACAGGCAUUUUAAAACGGUAGAACAGGAUGUCAUAAGUAUUUUUUUAUUGUCUUUUCCAUUUUUACUUAAACAUUUAAUGUAGAAAUAUUAACAUAAAGAUCCUCAAAAGUUAGAAUUUUGAAUAGGCAAAAGCUGUUGGUUUCUGACUAACAGUUAUCUCAAUAUCAAGUAUAACAUGUAGUGAUAGCCACACAAAAAAAAGUGUAUUUAAUCUUCUGACAAUUUGUAGCUAAUUAAAUCAUUCACGCACACGUUGCUGCACAACCACCUUUUGUUAACACUGUUACUACAGGACCUAGUAUUGCUAAAGGCAAUUGGCCCGGGUGAAGAAAUGGGAGAACCGGAACACAUUUAAGUUUGAUUUUAUAUUUUUAAAUCCAAGUUUGGGAUUCGGGUGUAAAUGGGUCACAGCAUAAGCAGCCAUCACCAUUUUGUUCUUGGCUUACUGCUCACACACACGUCACAGUUACUGUAUUUGGAUUUACCUUUCACAUAAUUCAUACCGAACUUUCUUCUUAGAACCACUAAAAGCAACCCAAACACCACCAGUGGUAUAUUAACCGUAAAAACGUAAAGCAGGGUGGAAAACAUUAUCGAGGUGAGCCCCAUAUUAUGGAUUUUUACAGUAUUUUGCUUUUCUAUCAUCCAUCUACUCUGACUCAAAACACUUUACAGGCCUCGCUCUCAGUAUCCGUUUCGCACAGGAAGAUCUUUUAUGGCGCACUGCCUCCAACUUCUAUUUCCUGCGUAAAUAUUAAUCAGUUCCCAGGCACAAAAAAACACCAAUACAAACAUGGUCACUGGUUGGAAGAAUGAUCUCAUCAACCACAAUGAUACCGCGGUCGUUUUAAGAUGGUAGGAGCCCGCUUUGGUCAUGGCCCCUCUCAGAUUAGCCGUUAGCUUUAGCUUCCUGCGCAAGCUAACCUGGAUUUAUCCAAAAAAUAAGAUGCCUAGAGACUUAUCUGUCACAUUUAAGAUAUUGGCUGCUUCUAACCUUUAAACAAACUUGAAAUUGAUAAAUGUUCCACAUUUUGUUUGAUAAAUUCUCCACAUUUUGUUUCUUCACUGAAAUCUGCUCUGGUCUGGCCCUCUUAGUGACAACUCAUCUCCAUGUGUUGGAGUCCUAGAACCAUUCCUGGUUUUAAACGUCGGGCACAGAAAAGUGUCUUUGCACUCCAUGUAGGAUGGGAUUUUUUUUUUAUUUUAUUUUUUAUUUUUUGGGGGGGCAUUUUUAAUUUAAAAUUUUAAAAUUUUACACUCCUUUUUCCUUUUGUGUAGCAUCACUAAGUUAAUGGAGUUAAAUCAAGUGUAAAAAAAAAAAUAUCCAGGGACAAAGUGCAAUGAACUUUUUUUUUUUUUUUUUUUUUUUUGGAUGUACUGCUGGUGUAUUGUUUUAAGGCUCGUUUGUGCAACACUUAAAUAUUUUAAAGUUGCGCUUGUGCAUGUGUGCCUUCUUUAACCUCCCCAGCUUUUUUCUGUUAACACCCGGCGUACACGCUUUUGCUGCCCAGGCGUGUUAGCUGGACUAUUAAAGCCAGUUAUUUUAUUGUUAUCUCCUUCCAGAGUCAAUCUGCCACCGUGAGCAUGCACACGCCUGCAGCUCGGUACCUCUCUCUGUAACAAGAAAACAAUAUAAGCGCGAUCGUUCAGAACCCUGCAAGAUGAAGGUUAAAGAGCAACUCGGUUACACAACGCUCCGUUUCCUCUCACUUCAUCUGAUCUCAUUUGCUGCAGCCGUCACAACGGAUAAGCCGGCCUUUUUUUGUUGUUGUUGUUUUUCUUGUUUUUAAAGGGGCAUGAAUGGUUGCAGGCCGAUCCCGUCGCCAUUCACCCCGAGGCUAUGCAAAAAGUGGACCGCUACGUGAAUAGAGAUAAAGAUGAAAGUCUCGCUAUCGAGGUCGCAGAGACCUCAAAGCCUCUGCGCUGCAGCAGCGAGUGCCCUGCUUUUGAUGGAACUCUAUGUUUAUUGCAUCCGAUACCAAAUAGGAUGAAUUUGUAAACCUGCAGGCAACGGAAACCUGAGAUUUCUUCUCAUAUUGAAACAAAGCGACUCUCUAAACCAGAGACGACAAAAUCUAAUUUGCCUUACAUUUUGGCUUCUUUUCUGUGCAAAGUGGGUUGGAUGUUUGGAAGAUAAAUUCUCCUUUUUUUUUUUUUUUUUACAUCCUGCCAUUGGUUUCGGAUGCAAAAUUGAACCGACGCCCAUGCAACAGACUGACAUAGGGCAUUCUAAUUAAGUCCCCACAACUCCGAGUCAUUCUGGUGGGCUUUUUCAGACUGUUCCCCCCCCCCCCUCAAAUCGGGCUGGCUACUGGCUGAUCCCAGAUUUGCUGCGUUCCACAGCAUUGAAACGAAGCCAUGCUGCAGCCUUGUGCGGAUGAAUGGAUCAGACCUCAUGUUUCAUGAAAAAAUCCUGUUCUAGGUAUUAAAAAAAAAGAAGCUAAAAUGAGAUGUCUGUUGUUUUUGCUGUUCUGCGAUGAUUUCCCCAUUCCUGUUUUUGUGGAUUCAUUCAAGCUGUGAUUCUAAUAUAUGCAUUUGUAGAUAAUUCCUGUAAAAUGAGAUGGUUUUUAAAGAAAAAAUGAUUCUGGAUGAUGUCUGUACAUACCGUGUGUCCAGGGAAUAAAAGGAGAUGCACCUUUAC